AUGGUUUCGCGGAGAAGCAGCAACCUCGUGUUGCUGGCCAUCACCAUCGCCCUCCUCGCCAUCCUCCUGAUGUACCUGCUCUACCGCCGCUGCCGGUCGCGCCUGUCAGAGCGGCGCGCUCGCCACGACGAUGAGCCGCUUCCUACCCCUCACCUCGGGCUGAGCAUGCACGGCAUCGCUGCGCUCCCCACGUUCACGUACGGGGCGCGGGCGGCGGCGGUGGAGUGCGCCGUGUGCCUGCAGGAGCUGGAGCACGGUGACGUGGUGCGCGUGCUGCCGGCGUGCACGCACUUCUUCCACAGCAGCUGCCUCGACCCCUGGCUGCGCGCGCACGCAUCGUGCCCGGUGUGCCGUGCACACCCGGAGCCAGAGCGCCUGCGACCGGGCGGGGCUGCCCUUCCGCCGCCGUUGCCGCAGCUGCGUCACUGUGAACUGUCGCCGGAGCGGCCUACAUCGACAAGGAUCUUCGCAGACGACAUCUUCGCACGAUCGCCGCUGAGGAAUGAAGGCUCGACGAGCGGGUCGAAUGACAGGGUCAUCUCCAGGUCGCCGUCAAGGGCACCCAUGGUGGACGAGGCGUGUUCAUUGGAACGCACAUAUGCGAGCGGCAUCGCCAUCCCCGCCGGCGACGUUUAA